GGCUGACACACUUCAUGAAUUCAUGAAGUAACUUCCUGCAGCAACACAAUUUACUUUUGUGACUUCACUUCUUUGAGACCUUUUGAUUAUCCUCAGUUGUAUGGAAGCCACUUGCAGCAACAACAGAAGAGAGUUACUGCGUCCUCUCUUCCUUUCUGAGAGGAGAUCAUCAGUAUUGUUUGUCUUGAUAUAACUCGUACUAUUGCUUUUCCUACUUGAAAAGAUGGAGCACAGUUUUGCUGAACUACUCAGCGAUGCUUUUUCAGAAACAGCAGUCCCAUCUUUCUCUGAUGGAGAUUUGGACUUUGAGAACAUACAUUUUGAGGAUAAAUGUGAGGAAGACGAAACAGACAUCUGUGCAGAAAACGUACUUGCAAAAGAAGACGAGGCUUUGCAACAAGAAGCAACGGGUCGAACUGCAGUUUUGUCUUGCAUGGAAACUCAAGAUAUACGCAAGCAGUAUGAUGAUAUAAGCGACAAUGAGGAUUUUGAAGGUGCAGGGGUAAGGAGCAGCGUAAAAAUACUCGAGGAAGAUUAUACAAGCUCAGAGUCCGAACAGGAAGGAUCCGUCUCUGGGCAAUAUGAAGUGGCUGAGGCAGAGGAUGUGGGAACAGGAGCGCAACCAGAGUAUUUUUGUAGGUCAGUUAGCUGCAGCGAUGAGUUUUGUGAUGGUAAUAAAGAGGACAGGGUCUUUGCUGAGGGACAACCUCUGACCCAAGGUGAGGGUGAUGAGGAGGUGUCCUAUUUUGAGAGAGUCCCUGAACGUAGCAAUGAGAUGAUGUUAAGAAGUGAUGGGAUAAGAGAGGGAGAUGAGCAAGAAAAGGAAGAGGACUUGUGUGACUCUGAGUGUGAGGGCAUGAAAAUUGAACAAGAAGAAAAUGUUCAGUGCUUUGGGCAGGAGUUUGAAAAUACUUACGGAGAUGAAGCAGCAAAAGCCAGUUUGGAGUUUCCAGAAAUAUCGGUUCAAAAUCUGAAGGAUCUUAUUGCUGAAGUUAACGGUGAUGAAAACGGAGAGAAAAUGAAGGAAUUCUCCGGGGAGGAGCACCAAGACGCAGGUGAGAGCUUUGCAGAUUAUCCCUCAGACUUUUCUUCAUGUGAAUAUGUAGGAGACGAAGGAAAAAGGCAAGAGUCAAACGCCUUGGCUUGUGCAUCUGACAGCGAAACAACUGAAAAGCAAAACAUCGCCCUGGAAAAAGAUGUGACAGAUCUAAUAUCAGAUGUAACAUGUAUGGGACAAGAUGAGGACACUGCUGUACUGAUACCUGCCUCCCUCCUCCUCAGAGAUUCAGAGGUGUAUGAGUGCAGAAGAUUGGAUGUAGCAACUGGAGAAAAAGAGGUUGAGGAGAAUGUGUGGGUUGAUGCAGCUGUAGCAGAGGUAGAGGAUGGAGGUGAGACAGGUGAGAAUGAUUCCUACACCUCCAGCGAGGUUCAAGAGCCUGAAAGCAACAAGAAACUGGAGGACACUGAAGAUGGGGACAGUGCAGCGUCUUAUGACGAGUACAAAAGGGAGGAAGCAGCUGAUUUCAGCAUAAAUUGGAAUCUAGACGUGUUAACAGCUCAUCUGUCUGAAGAGCUGUUAGCCACAGAGGAUAUAGACGAGGUGAAAACACCACUUUCAGAUGUGACUCAGCAUCCUGCAGCAGAAGACGUCCACAGCUACUCAGUGGUACAGAGAGGGGAUACAAAACAAACAACAAGCCCUUCUAACAGGGGUUCGCUGGAUGAUGACUUCUUCUUCAACACUGAAGCCUAUGAGAUCACCGAGCUAGGACAGUCAGGAGAAGAUGAGUCUGAAGAGGAAAGGAACUGGGAUGAGCAGGAGAGAAUCAGGGCCUUCUACAAGUAUUAUGAUGACAGCGAUGAAGAGACUAGAAGAAGAGAGAGGCAGAUAAAAGUUCAGUUUUGUGCAGAUCCAUUGUCUCAAGUCAUUCACUAUGAAACCGACGAGUGCAGUGACAGAGAUUCACACAGCAGCUCCACUGAAGGGAAGGAGGACCUGAGUUCUGCAGAAACAUCUGAGGAAUUGAGGGAGAUCGACGUCAGCAGGGAAAUGACUCUGGCCUGUGAUACCUUAAACACUCAACCACCAGAGAACAUGCCUGAUAUCAGCGACACACACAUUUGUAGCAGGAAACAAAAAUGUUUCAACGUGCUGAAGCUGACACUGAAGAUGUGUGUGGUGAUUCUGACCGGACUGCUGAUGUUCUGGUUGGCCUCAGACCAAGCGGGCUGGUUCAUAUAAAAUAUGCUUUUGUUAAAAUGCAAUAUGAAGUGAUAAACAUUUAAACGUGUGUUUUGUUGACUGUAACAUGCAAUUUUCUGCUAAAUAAAGAUGUGUAUAUUCUAA